UAGGGCUCUGACCACUCAGCCCCCUGUUCCUCACUUACCUCCUGAUCCUGACACAUCGUGAGUAAUGUCAGUAGUCACACUCUGGGAGUGAGGGCUGUCGUCUCUUAGAAGUUGCUGGGAAGAGCUCUUGGAACUUGAAGCCACUGGGGGACAUCUGGAUGUCUUUUCCCCUGUAUGUCCUCCCAAUUAGAAGGUGGUAAGAGAAAUGAGGGAAUUGUCAAUGAUAAACUGUUCGAAUAUGGAUCUAGGCUCCCUCUACAUUCAUGGUUUGCUUUGAAAUCCAAAGGCAAACCUGGGCUCUGGAAUUGGGGUCUACGUGAGGAAUCCAGCUUGAAAUGGAAUCUAGAUUUGUGGUAAUAUCUUUUCUAUUCCAGGAUCCCUCGUUUUCCAAUUUCUCACAUGUGUUUAUGGAAAGAAAUGGAGUUUAGGGUUAUGGUUGGCUGAGCUAGAGUCUUAUGAUCUGUCACAUGCAUGGGUUUUAGGGAAGCAUUUGGAGAAGAUCUUGUGACUGGUCUAGUUGGGGGUUUUAGUAAUUGAGAUGCAGUGCUCAUCAGAUCCCUCCCAUCUGAGAGUUUGACGGUAGAGUCACAUGUGUGUCCAUCAGCCCAUUGAUGUUGAUUCUGGCAUUGUAAAUAAUCAGGUGCUACAUUGGGUUGCUUUCUGUCUUAGUGCUGUGUUGGCCAUUGGCAAGCGCACCACCACCAAGUUAUGUUCCUCAAUCCUCUUUUUUAACUUCAGUUUUCGACAGGAUCUAGGGUGGGCUUGUACUUGUGAGUCUGCUCUUAUGUAGAGACAGCAUCUCACUAUAUAACCCUGGCUGGCUUCAGAGUCACUCUGUAGACUGGUCUGGCCUGACCUCACAGAGAACCUGUGCCAGGCAGGGAAAGGUGUGCCCACAGCCAGCUUUGAUUUUUACUUCAGCUUCUUGAGUGUGUGCACCACCACACACACUCAACUUUCUGACCGCUUUUACCCCAUUUCACCCCGACUUCCUGCGCAGCCAUGUGGGUUAGAGCAGCUGCUCCCUCCCAGAGGCAGUAACACCAGCCAAGAGUCACAUUUUUUAAAAUGUUUAAAUUGGAGCCUUAUAUGCCAUAUAUUACUCUUGUCUAGCCUUCGGUGUCCCCCUUCCCCUCUGUGUGUGCUCGUACAGUGCUCUGUGCCUGCUGUCAUCUCAGAAGAUCUGACGCAAAGUUAAAAAUGGUUCAGGGUAAGGGGGUUGGUCCAUGACUAGAAGGGUAGAAAAAGAUGGAAUUCUCCAAGAAGACAUUUGAGGAAGGAUGGAGACAGCUAGGGCUGUGUCCUUUCAUUUCCUCCCUGAAGCCUCGGUUUGAAUAAUAUGCUGUCUUAUUCCCCCCACCUCAAGACAGUCAGAUGAAACUGAACAUUUAGCAGCUCUCAGGAACAUUGUGCAAAUGCAUGUCCAUCCUUCCACCCUAACCCCCCUUUCUCAUCCUAUCCCUGCCUCCCUCCCUUAUCCAAAUUUUCCAGCCACCGCUGGAGUUGACUUCCGCAAUCCUGAUGGAUAAAUCUAGCACCCUUAGUCUUCUGCUCACAGCAGCCACACUUUCUGUGUGAAAGGAGCCUAGACAACAGAUUCUCAACCACAGGAUGUGGGUGCUCAAGUUUCUACUGCUACCCGUGUUGAGCUUUGCUCUUUACCCUGAGGAAAUGCUGGAUACCCAGUGGGAGCUAUGGAAGAAGACCCACAGGAAGCAGUAUAACAGCAAGGUAGAUGAAAUCUCUCGGCGUUUAAUUUGGGAAAAAAACCUGAAGCAUAUUUCCAUCCAUAAUCUUGAGGCCUCUCUUGGUGUCCAUACAUAUGAACUGGCCAUGAAUCAUUUGGGAGACAUGACCAGUGAGGAAGUGGUUCGGAAGAUGACAGGACUCAGGUUACCACCACCCUCUCAGUCCCACAGUAAUGACACUCUCUACAUCCCAGAGUGGGAGGGCAGAGCCCCAGACGCCAUCGACUAUCGAAAGAAAGGAUAUGUUACUCCGGUCAAAAAUCAGGGUGACUGUGGCUCCUGUUGGGCUUUUAGCUCUGCGGGUGCCCUGGAGGGCCAACUCAAGAAGAAGACUGGCAAACUCUUAAAUCUGAGUCCUCAGAACCUUGUGGAUUGUGUGUCUGAGAAUUAUGGCUGUGGGGGCGGCUAUAUGACCACUGCCUUCCGCUACGUGCAGACGAAUGGGGGCAUUGACUCUGAAGAUGCUUAUCCCUACGUGGGGCAGGAUCAAAGUUGUAUGUACAACCCAACAGCAAAGGCAGCUAAAUGCAGAGGGUACCGAGAGAUUCCUGUGGGGAACGAGAAGGCCCUGAAGAGAGCAGUGGCUCGGGUGGGGCCUAUCUCUGUGUCAGUUGACGCAAGCUUGACAUCUUUCCAGUUUUACAGCAGAGGUGUGUACUAUGAUGAAAAUUGCGACCGUGAGAAUGUGAACCAUGCAGUGUUGGUGGUGGGCUAUGGCGUGCAAAAGGGAAACAAGCACUGGAUAAUUAAAAACAGCUGGGGAGAAAGCUGGGGAAACAAAGGAUAUAUUCUCUUGGCUCGAAAUAAAAACAACGCCUGUGGCAUUACCAACCUGGCCAGUUUCCCCAAGAUGUGACCCAGCCAGCCAAGAUGUCCUGUUCUCCCGUGCCUUCUUCAAUGGUGCCAUGUAGCUGUGUGUUUGGAAGGGAGUUGAGGAAGCGCUGCUGAAGUGGGCGUGCUCCUGGUGACACCUCUGUAACUUCCCCUCUCUCUACCAGUUCUCGCUCGGUAGCUAUCUGGUCCCGACUCACUGGGUCUGGGGGCUGAUACUGUGUAGAUAAACAGUGGAGGUCCCCAGCAGGCUGGAGUGACCUCCCCAAGUCCCUGUCUCCAGUGCCGAGAUUCACAAACCUGUUCAUAAUUCUCUGACAUAUUUGCAUCAUAUAAGAAAUGUGUGUUCUUUUCCUUCUUUGCAUUUGAAAUAAAGUAUCUCAUUUACAAUUUAAUAAA